AUGGAGCGGAGCAGCAGCAGCAGCAGCAGCAGCAGCAGCACCGGGAUGAGCGGGAUCACCGGGAUCACCGGGAAUACCGGGAGCGGGCGGGCAGCGCCGCCUGGCGGUGGUCGGCGGGCACUGCUGCCCGCGCUGUGCCUGCUGCUGGCGCUGGCGCCGCUGCCCCCGGGCCGGGCACUGCCCACCCCAAACCUGGCACUGCCCUCCCCGCAGGCCCUCAACCGCUCCAGGGAGCUGCUGCAGGCCGCCCACGCCUCCCUCCGAAGGCUGAAGGAACUCAACACCCUGGGAUUUGAAUGCACCCUGGAAGAGGUUCAUCUUGAAGAUAUCACCAAGAACCAAAUAAACACAAUAAAAGCUUGCACAGCUGAAGAUGCAGGGGCUGGGAACUGUCCAGCACUGGAAAGAUCAGCUUUUGAUAAGAGUAAAUGCCUGCAGGGCAUCUACGAGGAUCUGAGAGCCUACAGGAGGGAGCUCAACAACUUACCCGACCACCAAGUGCUGGCAAGUCUGGAUGAGAUGAUGAAAGUGAGUAUUUUCUGCCUCCUCCCUUCUCUCAGAGACCUCAAAAUUAGAGAAAAUACAGAAGCGCUGAACGGCGGGUGGGACAUCCCGGAACGCCGGGUGGGAGCAGCUCCGGAGUCGUUCCGGGAGGCUCUGCGGCUGUGCCGGAUCCUCCAGGCCCUCCACGUCCGCUCCGUCACCAUCUCCAGGAUGAUCAGCUUCCUCAGCUCCCUCUGA